AUGGGGCUGGCGGGAAGCUUGUCGGGGGACGGCGGCGUGCUGACGUUCCCGGGAGCCUGGGGCUGGCCGGGCAGGCGGGCUGGCGGCUGGGCGGGUGGCGGCGGCGGCCUCUGGGCAGUAGAGGGGGCUCCGGGGCUGAGUCCUCAUCGACGCCGGCCGCGGAGGCGGCACCAUGGGCACGGGGUAGAGGGGCAACGGCUAUCCCUCGGCGCGGACGUCCCUGAUGUCUGGAGCGACGACGGCCGCUGCCUAACCUGGAAAGCUGCCAGUUCCCUGGCUGGCGACAGAUUGUGCAGGAAUGCGAGGAAUGCACCAGGGGCAGAGUCCUCACGGCCCGCCGCGGCUGCACUAGCGCCUUCCGGGCCCAGUUCUCGCCGCGCAGCCGGAGGUCACCGGAGCAUCUUCGGAGCUGGAGGAAUGCCCGCUCCUGAGCAGGCCUCACUGGUGGAGGAGGGACAAACACAGACCCGCCAGGAAGCUGCCUCCACUGGCCCAGGCAUGGAACCCGAGACCACAGCCACCACUAUUCUAGCUUCCGUGAAGGAGCAGGAGCUUCAGUUUCAGCGCCUCACCCGAGAACUGGAGGUGGAAAGGCAGAUUGUUGCCAGUCAGCUAGAAAGAUGUAGGCUUGGAGCAGAAUCACCAAGCAUCGCCAGCACCAGGUACAGGGCCAAUGGCUCUAUCUUUAUACAUCCUCAAGUAACACUUCUUAUUAAGUUGUUCUCGAU